AUGUGUCACGCCACUUUCACCACCUUGGUGCUAGCUAUAGUCACCAACGUUGCUGCACAGGUACAAGGCACAGCAACUGUCGACUUGUCUAAAAGCCAUGGACCAGCACAAGCCCUUGGCUCAGGCUUCAUCUACGGUUGGCCUGAUAACGGGACUCAUGUCGACACUUCGAUCCCAGAUUACUUAGUAACUGACAUCAAGUUCAACGCAAAUCGCGGCGGCGGUGCUCAAAUUCCAUCGCUAGGUUGGGCCAGAGGCGGCUAUGAAGGAUACCUCGGCCGCUUCAACUCAACCUUAUCCAACUACCGCACCACGCGCAAGUAUAACGCUGAUUUUAUCUUGCUGCCUCACGAUCUUUGGGGUGCAGAUGGCGGACAGGGCUCAAACUCUCCGUUUCCUGGUGACAACGGUAACUGGACUGAGAUGGAGUUGUUCUGGAACCAGCUUGUAUCUGACUUGAAGGCCCAUAACAUGCUCGACGGUCUCGUGAUUGAUGUUUGGAAUGAGCCUGAUAUUGACAUCUUUUGGGAUCGCUCCUGGCCUCAGUUUCUCGAGUAUUACAAUCGCGCGACAAAGCUCCUUCGAAAAGCACUUCCCGGAACCCUUCUCAGCGGGCCAGCUAUGGCACAUUCUCCCAUCCUGACCGAUGACAAAUGGCAUACCUGGCUACAAUCAGUAUCAGGCAACAAAACGGUUCCCGAUCGUUUCUCCUGGCAUCAGAUUGGUGCUUGGGAACGUGAGCCUGAUACUACAAUCCCUGAUUUUACUACCUUGCGGGCGCAGUACGGCGUUCCUGAGAAGCCAGUGGAUGUUAAUGAUGGAUCUGAUCUGCAUAACUGGAUGGGCAACUUGAUUUACAGCAGCACCGGUACCUCUGAGGGAACUUACUACCCCAAUGGCGAAUGGCAGGUAUAUAAAUACUAUGCAGCUAUGACAGGACAGAGAUUUUUGACGAAAGCGUCAUCGGAUUCGAAGUUUGAUGUCUUUGCGACUAAGGAAGGCCAUAAAAUCAAGAUUUUAGCCGGCACCAGAACCGUUCAAGAAAAGUAUAGCAUUGAAGUCAGCGGCCUGGGAGCAGUAGAACUACCCAAGAAGGGGACAGUCAAGGUGCGAACAUAUCGAUUCGACUGGGCUGGACCGAAUGGAAAGGUUGACGGGCCUAUUGAUCUGGGGGAGAAGAAGUAUACUUAUUCGGCCGAUACGCUAACACUUUCUGUCAACCCACCUACAAACGCUACCGCGUUUGCUUACGAGUUUUCGAUUUAG